AUGAGAGACGUAAGAACAGAACAGAGUGGAUUAAGAAUUUUAAUUCGUCCGUCUCUGAACGUUCAUAUAACGAAGAGCACACAUAACAGAGACGACUCCGAGCAAGGGCCGCGGCCGCUCACACUCUGUACUACAUUGAUUCAGUGGGUCAGAGAUGUUUCCCUGGUUCCCGCGGGAACAGUUCAACAUUCAAUAUGUAUAAAGAGUUCGCCGCUAACAUUCACUUAUGAUCAAUCAACCGCAUUAUACUAUUACAGGCAAUAUUUUAAUAUCAAUAUAUUACAGUGUUCAGUUGUAGCGAGCUUCAUGAAUCAAUACGUCGCGGGUGGAUAUGGACUGGGCCCCGAGGGAAAUCUAGCCGCAGCAGCGCAUUACGAGACGGAGGUAGGGAGUGGGGGGAGGAGAGUAGGAGGAGGGAGGCAGGGAGGCAGGGGGAGGGAUAGUGAAAUAAAACCUCAAGUUUACAAGGCGUUUGAUCACCUGGAAUAUGUUGAUGCCGAACUUUGUUGCAAGGAAAGACUUUAA